UCUAUCUCUCUUUCUCUCUCUAACACACACGCCAGAUCAAAUGGGUCUUCUCUCCCUCACUCUCUCUCUUUCUACUGUCUCGCACACACACUUACACGCAGAGGCCAGAGAUGGUGAAUCUGCUUUCAAUUCGAGCCGCCGGAGAUUUUCUCUCUCCCUCUCUCUCGGAAAAACACACCGGAGAUGUUUUCCCUCUCUCUCUCUCAGACACACAAUACACCGGAGGAGAUAUUCUCUCUCGGUCUCUCUCUCCGACGAUGCACCAACAUACACGAUGGAGGAACUCGAAGAGAAACUCCAAAAGGAACAGGAAAAGGAAUUCGAAGAGUAUUUCCCGGGCUCACAUUCUAUCCGUACGAAGAGACAACUGAUGAAAUACCUCAAGGAAAACAGAGUGAUAACAUCACUCGAAGUGGUAAGAGUAAUGAAUAUAAUCGACCGGGCUUUGUUUGUACCCGACGGCUCACCCCCAUACGUCGACUGCCGUCUGCUAAACGGCUUCCAUAGUUUUAUGUUAGCACCUCGCCAUCAUGCACAGUGCCUUGAGCUGUUACAGAACCAUUUGAAGCCCGGCAUGCGUGCUCUUGAUAUCGGCUCAGGGACGGGGUAUUUGACUGCUUGUUUUGCCGUUAUGGUUGGAUGCCGCGGCCGUGCAGUUGGUGUGGAUCUUGUUCCCGAAUUGGUCGAACUUUCGAUUAAAAAUAUCGAAAAGAGUAAAGCAGCCCCACUAUUAAAACAAGGGUCACUCUCAGUCCAUGUUGGUAAUGGAAUAGAGGGGUGGGCGGAGUGUGCGCCUUACGAUGCAAUUAGCGUUGGAUUUCUUGCACCGGAAUUAUUUCCGGCAUUUCUCGAGCAGUUGAAGCCGGGCGGUAGAUUGCUGGUCGGCGUCGAAGAUGGUGACUCCGUGAAGAACAUGGUAAUUGAUAAUUAUUAAGAAAUAAUUAAUGUGGCAACACAAUUAAUUGAUCGAAAAGUUCAGAGUUAGUUAAUUAAUGAUUUUUGGAUGAGCCUUUGUCAGGUUAAAGAAAUUUUUCUUGAAUCCAAAUUGAAUUAAAUUAAAAUUAAAAUUUCACACAAUUACUUGUUUCAAUUUUCUUAUGUAGAAUAUUAUUGCAUAAACCUUAUGGUAUUGGUAAUUACAGAAAUUACUCCUAAAGUUAACAGUCAUUAUAACUUAUAAACCCUUUAUGGUAUUGGUAAUUACAAAUAA